AUGCCGCCGAAAGGACGCCGUACCAAGAAAGGGUCGGAGGCUGAUCAAGAAGUUAUGGAUAAUGGAUUACCUGUGUUGCCGGUCGCUGGUGUGGAAGCUAAGGACAAGUUUGCCGCUGUUGAUGGUCCCUUUGAAGACCUCUCGGAUCUGCAGACCAUCGUUGACCAAGGAAAGCAGUCAGGCACGGACGAGCCUGACACUGAAGGGAAUGCAGCUGAUCAGGAACCUACCGAGUCGAAAGAGGAGGCUGCUGCUGAAGGGGAGGCUGAUGACGACGAUGCGCCUUCUGAGAUGGCUCCGGAGGAUCAGGAGGACGGUUACCUGAGUGACGACUCGGACGAGCACCUGGAGCUAGACUCGCUCAACAGCGUCAUUGCUCUUAAGCGUUUCUCUCUAACUUUGCUCGUACCUUUCGCCAGGAAAGCUGAGGUGACCCGUGCAGCGGUUACGAUUGCUGCUCUGCUGGAUGAUUGGAAAGACCAACUUUCGCCUGAUGCGCUUCAAAUGACGACGUACCAGGAGCUCUCAUCGAUGCACCUUUCGCGCAAACAUUUCGGACGUCUGCAAGUCACUUUUAACCAUGUCCGAGAUGCUAACUUUGUCUGGAAGCAGGUUAUCAACCAUGAGUGUUUGAAUGGUGAUUGCAUCAGCCUUACCUGGCAAUAUCCUGAGGACGCACGUUUCCUGCGCGAACGCAUUCUGAACCCGACCGCGAAGGAAGUGCUGCUGAAAGGGGUCCCGGCCGAACUCACCGCGGAGCUGAUUCGCCGCUUGCUGGUGGUUUCGAACCUGGUUAAGCGUGGCAGAAGCGCCUUCGCCAGCGGUUUUGGCUUUCACCGCACGAUCGACCCUGUCACGGGGUUGGAUACUGACAUGAUUCGUGGACUGGUUGUCCCUCAUGUCGCUGAUGAAUAUCGCUGGAGAUACUUUGUUGAAGAGCCGACGUCAGGGAAGCGGUAUCUUCUGCAUUACCCGUCCCUCACCUGCGAUUAUUGUGGUGGACAGCACAUGUCUCGCUACCAUGACCACUACAUUACUACAGUGUGCGAGAAGGCGCAAGGAAACCGGUUCGAGCAGGCUACCGCGCACAUUGCAUCUGCCAGGCACAAGGGAGGUAUGAGAAAGGAAGGAUCAGCCACGCGUGCCAACAAGCACUCCCAGAAGUUGCUUGCCUUCAAGAAGGAGUUUAUCACAAAGCAGGCGAAGUAG